GCCGGCCGGGCCGCACCGCUGCGGGCUCCGCGCGCGCGGGCCAUGUCCGCCUUCUGCCUGGGCUUGGCCGGCCGCGCUUCAGCACCCGCUGAGCCGGACAGCGCCUGCUGCAUGGAGCUGCCCGCCGCGGCCGCGGACGCAGUCGGGAGUCCAGCCGCCGCCGCCGCCGCCCUCAUCUCCUUCACCGGGGGCCCCGGGGAGCUGGAACUGGCGUUAGAGGAGGAGCUGGCGCUGCUGGCGACCGGGGAACGGCCGUCCGACCCCGGGGAGCAUCCUCAGGCCGAGCCCGGGCCUCCGGCCGAGGGGACCGGACCGCAGCCGCCCCCCGCCCAGGAUCCCGAGCUGCUGUCGGUGAUCCGGCAGAAGGAGAAGGAUCUGGUGUUGGCGGCCCGGCUGGGCAAGGCGCUGCUCGAGAGGAACCAGGACAUGAGCCGGCAGUACGAGCAGAUGCACAAGGAGCUGACGGAUAAGCUGGAGCACUUAGAACAAGAGAAACACGAACUAAGGAGACGAUUUGAGAACCGAGAAGGGGAGUGGGAAGGGCGCGUCUCAGAGCUGGAGAGUGAUGUGAAACAGCUUCAGGAUGAGCUGGAGAGGCAGCAAGUUCAUCUACGGGAAGCAGAUCGAGAAAAAACACGGGCUGUCCAGGAAUUAUCAGAACAGAACCAAAGGUUAUUGGAUCAACUUAGCAGGGCAUCAGAAGUUGAGAGACAACUCUCCAUGCAGGUCCAUGCCCUCAGAGAAGACUUCAGGGAGAAAAACUCCUCAACCAACCAGCACAUCAUCCGGCUCGAAAGCCUUCAGGCCGAGAUCAAGAUGCUGUCGGAUCGGAAACGGGAGCUGGAGCAUCGUCUCAGCGCCACCUUAGAGGAAAAUGACCUGCUCCAAGGGACCGUGGAGGAGCUACAGGACCGGGUGCUGAUCCUGGAGAGGCAGGGCCAUGACAAAGACCUACAGCUGCAUCAAAGCCAGCUGGAGCUCCAGGAGGUGCGGCUCUCCUACCGACAGCUGCAGGUGAAGGUGGAGGAGCUCACUGAGGAGAGGAGUCUGCAGAGCUCUGCUGCCACCAGCACGUCCCUGCUGUCCGAAAUAGAGCAGAGCAUGGAGGCCGAGGAGCUGGAGCAGGAGAGGGAGCAGCUGAGACUGCAGCUCUGGGAAGCAUACUGCCAGGUUCGCUAUCUCUGCUCACACCUUCGAGGAAAUGACAGUGCUGACUCGGCUGUCUCCACGGACUCCUCAAUGGACGAGUCUUCAGAAACCUCCUCUGCUAAGGAUGUGCCAGCCGGCAGCUUGCGCACUGCCCUCAGCGAGCUCAAGAGACUGAUACAGAGCAUUGUGGAUGGCAUGGAGCCCACGAGCUCCCGGAGAAUUGACGAUGACUCCUUAGAAGAACAGAUAAGGCAAACCAGUGAGGAUUCAAGAGCCUUAAGGGAACUCAUGGAGGGAGAGAGGGGUAAACUGAGGCAAAGCCUAGAAGAACUGCAGCGACUCCACACACAGGUGACACUGCUGAGUGUGGAGAUGACUGCACUGAAGGAGGAGAGAGAUCAACUCAGAGUGACAUCUGAGGACAAGGAACCAAAGGAACAGCUUCAGAAGGCCAUCAGGGACCGGGACAAGGCCAUUGCAAAGAAGAACGCUGUGGAACUGGAACUCGCCAAGUGCAAGAUGGACAUGAUGUCUCUCAACAGCCAGCUGCUGGAUGCCAUUCAGCAGAAGCUGAACCUCUCACAGCAGCUUGAGGCUUGGCAGGUUCUAUUGAGCAUGUCCCAAGUGCAGGGCACUGUGCUGAGGGUUCGACACUGGGGCCGUGGAAGUGGGCACCCUGUCUCCUGUUUCUGUGCAGAGGGGGAGGAGAGGUGCAGGAAGGGAGUGGAGUAUGAAGACAGACAGGGAUGGGAGGAGAGGAAGGCAGGAGAGCGGGACGUGAGCAAGGGGGCGAGCAAGAGGUCCACACGUGCCACCAUCUGGUAAUGUGGUCAGGAAAGUCCCCUUGUUUCACACUGAAACCUGCAAAGACUCUCCAGUGACACCUACUAGUGAGAGCUUGGGUGCGAGUGUGGGAGGUGAGGGACAAGCUGGCCAGGGAGAGGGGCCCGGCCACCCCCACUUCCUGCCCUGUCACCUGGGGGCUCAGAGCCGCAGAGCUCAUCCGCCCCCCUUCAGGGAGUGCCCCACUGUCCUGUGCUCGGACAUGAGCAGCUGACUCGCCCACUCCAGGGUUUAGCCCCAGGCUCAGUGUCUCUUCCCCAGGACAUCCCAGAGCCCACCAGGUUCAAGGGUGAAGGAAUCAGACAGAUGCCCAUUAUGUUUCCUACUGAUGUUAACUAGACAGGGCUGCUGAUAUUUCUAACCAGUAGUUUUCGUACUUUGUGAGUGGCAGAAUGCCUUUGUCGAAUAGAAUCUUCCACAGAAUCAGAAUCUAGCAACUAGAAUGGAGAGAGAGUAGAGCUGCUCUGUCCAGAAGCCCCUCUGUGGAGUAGAAGCUGCUGUUCUGUAAGGUGGAGUCAGGGUGAGGGGGCCAUUUUCUAGGCAGCUCAACAAAUUGGAGGGAGAAAGGUGCUACCCCAGUGAGGAAGCCAAGGAAAUGGGUCUAAGUUGGAGCAAGACAAGCCCUGAAGAUGGUGAUGCCCGUGGUCUCUGCCACAGAUAGGAGCCUCACCAGUGGGGCGCUGAGCGCGUGGCUGGUGGUGGGCAAGGGUAGCACCCAGGGAGCCUGUGUCCCUGCCACGCGGGGCUGCCGGUGGUGCCUGGGCAUCAGCAGCUUAGGCUGGUGAGAAUUCUAAGGGAAAAAAGGGUCAGGAGAAGCCCCCUGAGGCCAGGCCAUUGGGCUGGAGAGCUGGCAAGCUGAGGUCGCCCUAGGGCCUGGGGAGGGUGCGUACCAUGCGAGAGGCACCCACCCAGCCCCAAGGGACACAGGAGGCAAGGCAGAGAGGGCCGGUCACAGGCGAGGCUGAGCACUGGCGUGGGGCCGGUGGCCCGGGUGGAGAGACAGGGAAUUAUCAGCUGCCGCCGUUCUCUUGGCCUAUAAGGACAGACCAUCUGCAGGGUCAGCUGAGGGGCUAACACUAGCGAGAAGCCAGCUCAAGCCCUGAGGAGAAUGGAGGUGUCGCGUGGCUUGCGUGUGUCCCCACAUCGUGUCUACACUUGCCGCUUUCUUGGUCAGGGCAGCCCUGGCUGCAGCCGCUCACUCAUCUCAUUCCUCGUCCUCAUCUCACCUCUUUCCAACAUUUGCCACCACCCCCCCGCCCCGCCCCCAGCGCCAGGUGAGGGCCCUGCUCAGCCCCCUCCGCUCUGCCCU